AUGUCGAAAACGUUUUCUGCCUUGCUCGCACUCUCCAAGCAACUGGAGGAGAAGAGCGCCGGGCUAGCUCUUGAAUGUCUUCACGCUGCUACUCUUCUUGAGAACACAUCUGCCGAGGAAAAGGCAUGCUCGAAUUAUUUGCUCGGCGAGCUGUUGCUCAAAACCGCUCAAGAGCCACUGGACUCGAAGCAGUUUUUCUUGGCUUCUAUUGAGGCUUCUCAGACAAUAAUAAAAACAGACCUCUCCAGCCGCCAGUAUCUUCUCCGCUCGCUCGAGAAAUUAUCCGGACUUUUACCUAUUUCCGAAUCGACCAUCAUUUUAUCCGAUAUCCUUUCAAAACACAACGAGGACGACACAUUCCUGGCGAAGCUAUUUUUCAGCUUUCUCGAAAUAUUCGCGAAUUGCGGAGCUGACAGAUUGCUCCAAGUGAUGACACUGUUCAAAUGCGAGCCGAUUGCAACUUUGCGGAGGAAAUCAGAGUACAUCGACAUUUUGAUUAAUUUAUCCAACGCCUUGCUUAUUUUGAAAAACUACUGCCGUGCUCAUGAAAAUUUAUUCCACGAUAUUCUCGACGAAGCUGAGAAUAAACUCCACUCAACAACGAUUGAUCAAGCGAGAAAAGCUUCUUUGAAAAUUUAUCUUCACUGUCUAAGAAUUAUGAACGUCCUGACAUGGGGAAUUCCCGAACGCGGGGAUAGAAAAACUGGCAAGAGUUUGAAGCAGUUUCACCAGGAAAUCAUCGCAUACAGUCAGCUACAAGAAGAACCAACAACUGAAUCAGAUCUUAACUCAUUUUUCUGGCUAAAGAAAGAAGAACUAACUGCCCUUGGUUAUCUCAUCACUGUAAUUCAUUCCGUCAGAUUUGGAAAUAUCGACAAAGCGAUCAAAUACAGUGAAAGAACGCUCAAUCAAGUUUCCACUAAUCAGAGUUUCUUCAAUGACAACCUGCGGAUCCUGACCCUCGAGUACCUUGCACAGUGUAAAUUGAUAAUUGGCGAGCCCCUUGAAUGCGUAAAAAUCAUUUCUGAACUCUCGAAUCUUGCUCAAAGCGGGUCGCAUCCAUCGAAAAUUAGCCAGAUGCAUUCUUUGAUCGCUUUCCUUGCAAUGAGUUCGAAUCAGAAAGAAACUGCGCUCAAGCAUUUCCAACUGGCCUUGGAAGCUAAACCUGAGAACGAAUCCUUCUUUUCGAAUGAAGAAAGUGUUCCUUUGAAUGCGAUCACUCACUUGAUUUCUGGAUAUGCGCAGUUCAGUCAAAAAGACCACGAUUCUGCAAAGAGAACAUUUCGAGAUGGAGUGAAAGUAUCCAACGCACAGGACAUCAAGAGUUUGACGGCAAUGUACCUCCUUCUUCUUGGAGAAAUUUUCAUAUCGACUUCAAGUGAUGGCUACAUGACAACUGUAAAACAGGCGCGGCAAAUGGCUGCGAAAAUUCAACAUGAAUCGUUAUUAGUCUGGGCAAAUCGGUUGAGCUUGUCGUCUGGGAAUUCAGCCGACCCGGAUUUUCAGAAAAUCCAAGAGGAAUUAGCCAAGCUUGAAUCAAAAAGAGCAUCAGAUGAAGCUGCAAUUAGAGAAUCAGCACUCGCGAAAACUCUUUUCAACUGGACUUCUAUCACGGAACUUCCGAAAAUCCAAGUUGAUGCACAAGUCAAGGAGGAAGCGAAACCAGAAAUAUCUCAACAAAUUUCUAACGGCUCAAGUUCUGAUUUGCAGCCUCAAAAUGUUAAGCAAAACCAUGCUCUUGUCGACCAAGAAAUCGACAACAUGAUUUCAAAGAUGGAAGGAGGGACCUCAAUGAUGGGCCCUCCCAGCGAGCGGCCUCCUCCGUCUCCGGCAGCGCAGUCGCCUCGUCCAGUUGCUUCUCCUCGCCCGCCUCCAGUAGUUUCCCCGAAUGUUUACCAGAAUCAGCCCGUCAACUCUCCCGUUCAAUACAACACGCAGACACCCUCGCCGAUGAGCCAACCCACCACGCCUCACUCGCCGUUCCAGCCAGUUCACUCUCCACUGAAUCCAACAUCACCGCAUCAAUCCCAGCAAGCUCAAAUGGGUGCAAUGAUGCAACAGGGCCAGUUCAAUAACCAAAACCACUCGCCGAGUAUCUCACCACAUCACCCUUCCCCGUCUAUUUCUCCCAAAAUUCCUAUCAACCAACAGAAUAUGAUGGGCCAGCAGAAAUUGAUGCCUCAAAAUGUUGCUCCAACUCAAAGUCUCAAUACAGGAUUCUCCGGAAUUAGUCCAAACCAAAACAACUUCGGGAACGGCCAUUUCCAGCCCCAGCCAAACCCGAUCCAGCAGCAAGUUCCGAUGACACAGCAUAACUACAAUCCAUUUUCCCACACAAAUAUAAUCGGCAAUCAACAAGCGCCGAUGGCCAAUGCUCAGCCGCUUGCUCCUCAACAAAUGAAUACAGGCAACGGUCAUCUGCCGGGGCAUGGUUUCCAAAUGCAGCCGCAAGGAGCCCCGAUGCAGCCUGGUUUUUAUCCUAAUAUGUUCCCUAAGAAUCAACCCAACGCACAAACUAACCAUCCCUUCCCCAACCAUUUCCAAAUGCUACUACCUGUCAAAGAUUAUGUUGCAAUACCGAUAAGAUAUCGACAGGAAGCAGAGACAAGAGGAAUUCCGGACAGAGACACAAUACUAGAAGCAAAGGGAUAUACAGAAUGCCGCAUCUGCAAAGACUGUGACGAAUCGGCGCCUAACGUUAGAAUAGACGAGUACAACCUGCAUAUAUUCAAACAUCACCAAGUUCUUGCUAAUUUAUUAUACUAUUCGAAGUAUACCCACUGGAUCAACACGCCUCAGCUCAAGAUUCACUGGCAGAAGGAAAACAAUCAAACUUUGAAGAAGCUGAAAAGAUGGUACACUCAAGUGCGAAGACCCGAAUGUGGCCGAGCCCUCGACGAGAUGAUGCUGGAGUACGAAAAGGUCCUCAAAGAGCCGUUCAUCAAGGAGAAAGAAAAUCAGUACGUAGCGAGAAAUGCCUUCACGAGAAUGCUGAUACGGGAAGAGUUUCAAAUAAAGGAGGAGAUUGGAGAUCCUCCCGCUGUUGCCCCUGGACCACUUUCUGAUAGAAACGCCAGAAGAGCGAAACUGAUAGAAUAUUACAAGAACAAAGCGAAGAAAGCAAAUGAACCAAUCAUUAUUGAUAGUAAAGAGAGCACAGAUCCUGUCAUCAUUGUCGAUGAAAAACCAGCAAAGCCGAAGAAGAGACCGAAGAAAGUUUCAGCUCCUACGGAGCCAGUUGUAAUCCUUGAUGACAGCGAUGAAGAGCAACCUCCGUCGACAGAAAUGGACACGAUGGAUGAUGAUAUUCCGAUUACAAAGCUGCUUGAGAAAGGAGCAAAGAUGGUCAACAAGAUUGAAGAGAAACUCUCAGAAGAGACCCCGAAAUCAAACGGCCCGAAGAUUGUUCUAAAAGAUGUCAAUGACAACAAAGACUUCUUUGCAGUUCAAAAUAGACCACCUCUUAAUUGUCCGAGCGAGUCUUCUGACUCAUCAUCGGAAUCAGAAGUAGAAGUGGCUCCAGUUGUCCCGAAGUUUGUAUCAGCAUAUCCAGAUAAGGCCUCACAAAGUGAAGCGCCGAAAAGAAAGCGUUUGUUCGAAGAGCCAUCUCCAGUUGUUAGUAAUGGUGUCUUUGAUGUCAAUAAACCUGGAACAUCAAAACUUACUCUUCCUGUGCACGUAAAUUCCGGAAGCAAUAAUCCAGUGAAGAAACCAGCAAAAGCCUCAAAAUUGUCUCAACGAUUUGCUUCGCUAAAAGAGGAUUCUAAUAAGAAAUUCGCUGAUAGAGGGCUAGACAUGUCGAAGUCAAGGCUAAACGAGCUGAACCCAGAGAAGAAAAUUCCAUCGUUGAAGGUUUAUUCAGAAACAAAUCCAAGCUCAAAAGACAAUUCCACAGAAAAUUCUUCAUACAAGCCAAUGUCAAUAAGUGCCGUCAAAAAUCAAAAGAUGAAGGAGAAACAAGGCAAAAUAAGGGCAAAGAGAGAAGACGGCUUGAUUAAGGUUUACUCCGAGCCGCUUGGAAAGGACCCACGUUCCAUGAAAAAAGUAAUGCAGCAUCUGAAUAAUGGACACAACCUUUGGUUUCUCUGCCCUCUGUCAAACAAGAAGAUAGUCACUCCAGUAAGGGGCGCAAAGUGCAAACAUGGGUCGACAUUCUGUUACCAACAAUUCAAAAGAAAAGAACUGAACAGACCAACAUGUCCACUCUGCAGUAUGAAAUUCGAUAAGAAUAAUCCGCUGAAAAUCUGUUCAUUCACAAUGUCGCUGAUGAAGGACUAUCCAAACUUUCUCCAAGUUCGCCAGAUCAAUGAUGGAGGGUUGAAAACAAAAAUCGUUGGGGCUAAACUAGCGGACUCUUAA